GGGCUCAUAUCGCGGCAGCUUGCACCGGAAGCAAAGACAUUGGUCGGUGUCGACAUAAGUCAAGGCAUGGUGGAUGAGUACAACCACCGUGUGAUGAACCAGGGUAUCUCUACCGAGGAGAUGCGUGCCGUAUGCGUCGAACUGAAGGGCGAGGACGGUGAGCUUGACGGAGCCCGGUUCGAUGUCAUCGUCUGUGCGUUGGCGUACCACCACUUCAGUUCAAUCCUGCAAGUGUCAAGUAUACUUGCGCACUUCCUAAAACCAGGCGGAUGCUUGUUGGUGGCGGAUAUAAUGAAAGGAGAUGAGUGGCAGGAGGUCAUUCCACAAGAGUUUCACCACGUCGUCGCGCACACCGGUGGACUCAGCGAAUCCGAGAUGCGAGAGGCAUUUGAAGGUGCAGGGCUCCAGUCGUUCAGUUUCGAAAGAGCAACGACAGCGAUGAAACACGGAAAACACGUCGAUUUCUUUAUUGCAAAGGGUACGAAACCAGAUGGGCAGCAAUGA